UGCUUUCUUUGUAGACAAAAAGGUCAUUCGAUUCGAUCAUGUCCCCGUAACCAAAUGGCAGCAGCAGCAGAGCUCGAACUUGUUGAAGGUUCACCUGCCGGAAGUAUCUGCUAUCGUUGUGGAUCUAUUGACCAUUCACUUUCCGCGUGCCCGAAAAAGAAAAACUCGUCCAAUCCCUUUCCAUUUGCAAAAUGUUUCAUUUGCAAGCAAUCUGGGCAUCUUGCUGGGCAAUGUCCUGAAAAUACAAAAGGAAUGUACCCUAAUGGUGGCAGCUGCAGAUUUUGUGGAUCUGUGCGACAUCUUGCCAAGGAUUGU